AUGGCCUGCGCCGCACCCCACGCUGUCCCCGGCCCUCCCUGGCUCCUGCGGGUGGCGCUGCUGCUGCUCGUGCUCCUGGUGGCCACCUGCCGGCGCGCGGCAGGAGCACCCGUGGUCACUGAACUGCACUGCCAGUGCUUGCAGACCCUGCAGGGAAUUCACCCCAAGAACAUCCGAAAUGUGAACGUGACGUUCCCUGGACCCCACUGCGCCCAAACCGAAGUCAUAGCCGCACUCAAGAAUGGGCAGAAAGUGUGUCUCAACCCCACAGCACCCAUGGUUCAGAAAAUCAUCCAACAGAUGCUGAACAGUGGCAACGCUAACGGACCUAGAGAGAAAGAGAAAGCAUAUCCACAACAAUUCCUAAAGGAAUCUAUUCUUAGAGGAAUCAAAGUGAAAGAAGAAAAACAAUUAGCUCCUGGGCGCACUUGGACUGUGUUUAAUGUGUUUAACUGCUUCUUAUGA